AUGGCGGCUAUCAAAGACCUUUUUUUGGUCGUGACAACUACGACCCUACUCUUCUUGCGAAUCGUAGUCUCCUCGCCAGUACCUUUAGCACAAGAUGGUUCAAUCCCAGACCCACCUUGCGACCCGGUCUCGACCUAUAGCCCGGAAUGGUUUCUCGCGAAUGUCAACGACGACUAUCGAAGGAACUCUUCCGUGUUCGAGAACCGGCUCCUGUUCUACACAAGGCGCUGCACAGACGAUGCUAUUCGGCUCAGCUGCAGCAGUGACGGCUUCUAUAUCACGAUCUGGAAUGUCUGGCCCCAAAGCUUCUACAACAACGAGCACACCGAGCCAGAGCUCGAGCGAUGCAUCUUCUCCAGCACCACGUACACUCAGGAGUACUAUGAGAACAUGUCCGCAGCAUUUGCACGUCUGGCAAGAGGAAGCGCAACUGUGAUGCACGAUUCGGCAGACUGGGCUGAUCCUCCCAUGGAUGGCAUAUUUGGGAGGAUAGAGGUACCUAACAUUUCGGAAUACACCGAUGUCGAAGAGUUAUGGGCCAUCAAUGAUGCUACCAGCAGAGCUGCGAUGCGUGGUGACAUCUACAGCUUGCCAUCGUACCAUAGAUCGCUGCGGAUGGCACAGCAGCGGAUGUAUAAGACAGAUAUGUCGCUGCGAAAGCAAGGUCUCUUGUCGAGGUCGGAAGCACUGUUCGAGAAGCGUGCCGCUGAAGAUGUGGAUUGGUGUCCUGGAGCGAGAAAUUGGAGGCAUGAACGAACACAGCCACUGCGACAUCUGAUGGAUGGGUACGAUUUGUCCUAG